GCAUGCUCAAAGGAGAGUAAAUGCUUGUAGUUUUGUGACGUACACCACAUUCAAGGCUGACCUGGUAGUGAUAUUGCAUGCUACAUGGAUUUAAAUGCCAUCUAAUAAACACAGAUCAGGAACUAUGAACAGACAGGUUUUUCAGGUGCUUGGGCCAGUCAUGCUAACUCUUCUGCUGAUGACUGUCCCAGUUGUUCUGAGCGGGAAGUUUCUUGUCUUUCCUGUGGAUGGCAGUCAUUGGGUCAACAUGAACAUCUUGGUGGAGGCACUUCAUGCCAAAGGUCACAAUGUUACAGUCAUUCGGAUGGCAGACAGCUGGUACAUCAAAGAAUUCUCACCUCACUACACAUCAGUCACUCUCAAGUCUGAAGGAGGAUUUGGUGAAGAAUUCCUUGAGAAGUUUAUAUCAAGACUCAUAGGAAUUAUGAGGAGAGGUUCCACCUGGGGUCGUCUGAAUCUGGAGAUAGAGAUGUGGCAAAGUUCUUUAAAGAUGAUUGAAACGGAAAGUGAGAUGAUAGUAACCAUGAUUGAAGACCAGCAACUAAUGCAGUCCUUAAAAGAUGCCAAGUAUGAUUUGAUUCUUACAGAUCCUGCCAUGUUCGGAGGGAUCAUACUAGGUCACUAUCUCAAACUGCCCAUUGUCUACAAUGUCCGUUGGACAGUGUACAGUGAGGCUCAUUUUGUAAUAGCUCCUUCACCACUUUCAUAUGUACCUUAUCCAAUGCUGGAAUUGUCAGACCACAUGAGUUUCUUGGAAAGAGUGAAGAAUGUAGUAAUGUACACCAUAACUGAAACACUAGUUGCUCUCUUGAUUGCUCCAAGUAAUAAUGCACUUUGUGAAAAGUUCAUUGGCCCAGGAACAUCCUACUUUUCUUUAAUGCAGAGUGCUGAUUUGUGGCUCCAUAGAGUUGAUUUUGUUUUUGAAUUCCCACGUCCGACUAUGCCGAACAUUGUCUACAUGGGAGGUUUUCAAUGCAAGCCAUCAAAGCCUCUUCCCCGAGAUCUGGAGGACUUUGUGCAGAGCUCUGGUGAUCAUGGUGUCAUCAUCAUGUCUCUGGGUACUCUCAUUGGUCAGCUUCCUGAUGAUGUGGCUGAAGCGAUUGCUGAAGCUUUUGCAGAACUUCCACAGAAGAUCGUCUGGAGGUACAAAGGAAAGAGACCAUCUGCUCUAGGAAACAACACCCUAGUGAUGGACUGGAUGCCUCAGAAUGAUCUUCUGGGUCAUCCUAAGACCAGAGCCUUCGUUGCACAUGGAGGAACCAAUGGGAUUCAAGAAGCCAUUUACCACGGAGUACCAAUCAUUGGAUUUGGGUUGAUUUUUGACCAGCCUGAUAAUCUUGCAAAAAUGAGAGUACGGGGUGUAGCCAAGAAUGUAAACUUUGCCACAGUAGAUAAGGACUCCUUCCUUGAAACCGUCAAAGAGGUUCUUUAUGAUCCCUCUUAUCAGGAGAACAUGCAGAGGCUCUCAAGGCUUCACAAGGACGUUCCAGUAAAACCUCUGGACAAUGCCAUCUUCUGGAUUGAGUUUGUUAUGAGGCACAAAGGUGCUGCUCACCUGCGCACAGAGUCUUACAAAAUGCCCUGGUACUCUUAUCACUCUGUAGAUGUCAUACUGUUCCUGCUUUCUGCUUUGACCCUCAUAAUCUUGAGCAUAUAUGCAGUAAUCAGAUAUUUGUGCUGCAGAAUAUGCAAAAGAAAAACAAAAAACAAACUAGAAUAAUGAGGAUGAAUAUGUACUUGUGUGAUUUGCAUCUCUUGCAUUACAUCUUUCCUACUUUGUAUGAAGAUACAGUGAAAUUAGGUUUAAAAUAAUAAUUUGACCUUAUACAAUUGACCUGUCUCAGCUUAUUUAGAUAUACUUUGUUUCACCUAAAAAAUAUAUUUGGGAAAAGUUAUUGGGGAAAUAAUAUAUAUUUUACUACCUGCCCAGUUAGCAGUAUAAUGUGCAUUUUUACAGUAUGUCAUACCAUUUCUUUCCCAAAGGCAUUUUUCAUCAAUGGAAAACAAUGAACACAUUUCAUUACUUGACAUUCAGCAGACAUGUUUUAUUCUGAAUGACACAAGCAGUAGUGACAGUUCCACUGGGGCAGCCUGUUUACUGUGAUUAUGUAUUGCUCAAGAGCACAAUGGAAGUAGAUGUCUCCACUUUAUGAUUCACAUCUUUUGGCUUUUGUGUUAGCAGCCUAGAUCAAGACGUAAUCUUCGAUCCCCUAAAGCAGUGCUUCUUAAUUCUAGUCCCGGGGGCCCACAUUUUAUAUGUCUUCCUUAUCUGAUAGUCCAAGUUUAGUUCAUGCCGCUCUCUGCUGAUGAUUUACAUCAGGUAUAUACUGCAAGUAAUGGCAUAUUAAGGAUAAAAGAUUAAUUUGAACAAUAUAUGUGUAUCCUAGGUGUUAAGUGUUAAAAAACACUUCCUAAAAUAUAAUGCUAUCAGAUGUGUUUUUGAGACUAUAAUUUGCCUAAAUCUUAUCUAGGUAAACAGAAUAAGGGAGAUGUCAGAAUGGGUUGCAUGACUUUCCCUCAUCCUUGAAACUUAGGAAUGAAACUGUUCAAAAUAGAAUUUAAACAAAUAAGCCAAAAAUAUAACCCCCUGAAGUUGAAGCAAAGGGAUUAAAGCAGGAUAUUGAUAUGCCAGUUGAUGGCAAUAGUGUCCACCACUUUGAAUGAGUGCUGAUUUCUUUAAAACACUGAUUCAUUCAGGAGCAACACUACUUCUUUGCUCUGCUGAGCAAAAUAACUUGACUUUAAUUGUUUCUCAGUAUUUACUUUAUUGUGUAAUUGUUAAUAAUUACGAGUUCAGUCAUUUUUAUCGGUUUAGCCAAGCGUUGUCUGAAAGAAUACUGAAUUAAAAAUAUUGAUUCAAUAUGCAAUCGUUUAAUUCAACCACCUAAACAUACAUGUGUUUACACAAUGUUGGUCAAAUAAAUGCUACUUUAAUAUACAUCAAA